UCUCCGAUAUAUACUGCACAAGCAGGACAUCCUUAUUAGAUGGUCAGUUCGUUUUGAAAUUUGUAUCGAUAAAGACGGAAAGGUUUCGUGCUUCCAUAAAUAUUUUCAAAUAUAUUUCGCAAGCGACUUAUCUAUCUUACAAACCAGUAAAAACCAUAUAUAAAAAUGAGACAUAUAUGCGUUUUCUUCGUUGUUCUUAGCUUUGGAAAAGUAUGUAAAACUGUACAGUUUUCAGAUGAGGUCUCGAAUGGAUCUGAACGAAAUCGAUACCGGAGGCAAGUGGAAGAAGUACUGAGUUCCCGUCUUCAAGAAUUUUUAGGUAGGACUCGGGAAAAUGAAGAUGGUACGUUCAACCCUAGCCUGAUUAUACAAAAAUUUAUUAACGAUCCACUUCAGAUUCCAAAUUUUAAUAUCAGCAGUGACACCAUGUUUUUUACAGUGAACGGACAACUGUGGGAUAUGAAACUGCAUGGACUGAAAGAGUUGGUAGUGAAGAGGGGUCGAAUGAACCUGGCUACUAUGGAAGCAAGCGUGGAGAUGUUUGUACAGUCGUUGAAGUUGGAAGGAGAGUAUAUGUUGGAUGGGUCAGUAACAUUUUUCUCCAUUGAUGGAGGAGGUGGAGGAUUUUGGAUGAAGAUUUCAGACAUUGCCGCUUUCGGGCGGGCAAAAUUGAAGAUUGUAGCUGGAAACCAAAGUUUAGAAGUGGAUUCUGUUCAUAUUGAUAUCGAAGUGUCCGAUAUUCAACUACAUUUCGAGAAUCUUUUUGGAGGAAGUGCGUGGUCAAGCAUCAGCAACAGUCUUCUUAACCAGCUCAGUGGGAUGAUUUUUGAUCAAGCGAAACAAUCAAUACUGGAAGAAAUAAGGGAGAGUCUACGCGAAGAACUGAAUACACAGCUACACCACAUUCCAGAGGGUUUUAUCAAUUCUGGGUCGACCACCAUUUUUGAUGACACGUUGAGGCGAGUUUCCAUGCACUUAAAGCAAAACAAUAUGGACCCCUUUAGUCUUCCUGAUCACAAAGAAGUAUUUCAAAAAAAGUUACUGUUUUUUCUCCUCCAUGGUGAGGCUCGAAUCUUUAAUGGUAUUUUGAGUGGCUUGUCCACUCUUCAUCGGACAGGAGACGUAUUGAUAACCUACGAAAAUAAUGCUGUUAUUGUUGAAGUCAAUAUAGGCUUUAGCAAUCUCACAGGAGAUUACAAUUGGUCAGCUAAGCUCAUGGGUAUUGGUCCUAAUGGACAUGCUUCCCUUUCAAUUCGUUCCAUUUCAGUAUACCUGCGAGUAAGACAAGAGCUUCAAACCGGUAGUAAACCAGUUAUUAAAGCAUUUAAGAUCGCAAAUAUCCGCCAUCUUUGGGUAGACGUGCAAGGUUUAGGAACAAUGGAUUUAGUUCUCCAGAUUAUUGUUAAUCUGAUCACCAAUUCACUCAAAAUGACUAUUGCUGAUGCAAUAACUGGCCCAGUGCAAAAAGCAGUACAACAAGAACUAAAUUCUUUACCAAUAGAAAUAAUAUAAAAUUCUUUACUUUUUCGUUUGUGUGGGAGGGUCAGGUAGAAACAAAUAAGCUAGUAUUUCAUUUUGAUACGAAAUGACAGACAGCAACAUGUUUUUAUCAGUCUUUUAUUAUCCGAGUUAAAACAUAUACAUAAAAGAAAGUAUUUUACAAAAUUACUGUAGUCUUGUGCAAUGUAAAACGAGCAAUUAAAGGAAUUCAACUGUUUA